CCUGGCCGCAAUCACCAAUAAAUUUUGCACCGCGACUAGUGAGCGAUCGUCUUCAUUUUAGCCGAAGAAAUUUGAUCCGAUUUGAGCGUGCUACAGUUGCCGUGUGUGCUCCAGGCAAGCGAUGGGUCUCUCGCACAGUAUUUCCGUCCCCGGUGGCGGUACCGAGGGCUACCACGUCCUGCGGGUUCAGGAUCAUUCCCCCGGUCAGAUGGCCGGGCUGGAGGCGUUCUUUGAUUUCAUCCUGGCGAUUGGGAACACCCGACUCGAUCAGGACAACGAUACGCUGAAGGAGCUGCUGAAGGCAAAUAUUGACAAGGAGAUCCAGAUGACGAUUUUCAGCAGCAAAACGCAGAACAUCCGAGUGGUGAACAUUACGCCGAGUACGACCUGGGGAGGACAAGGGCUUCUGGGGGUGAGCAUACGGUUCUGUUCGUUCGAGGGUGCCAAUGAGAAUGUUUGGCACAUUCUGGAGGUGCACCCGUCGUCGCCGGCAGAAGAGGCUGGUUUGAUCCCGUUCACGGAUUACAUUAUCGGAGCGGAUUCUAUCCUGCACGAGAGCGAGGAUUUGUUCACGCUGAUUGAGUCGCACAAGGGAAGACCAUUGAAGAUGUACGUGUACAAUAUCGAUCGGGAUGCCUGCCGGGAGGUGACCAUCACUCCGAACAACAAAUGGGGUGGCGAGGGGAGCUUAGGAUGUGGAAUCGGUUAUGGAUAUCUGCACAGAAUUCCGAUCCGGGUGCUGCCAGCGGAUGCAAAAAUGGCCCCACCCACAGGAGCAGCCCUGAGCCAAAGUAUGACUUCGGUGCCGACGUCUGUUCCAGCUUCGGAUCCCAAUGCGGCCAACCGACCUAUUCCGUUCAUUCCGAUGGUGCCCCCACUGGCGAACACAUUUGCCUCGACGGCUGGAACGGUGCAUACGGAUUUGCUGACUGUCUCGCAGACCGGAACCGUAGAUAGUACCACCACGGCGCUGGCCAACCAAUUCUCAACCAUGAGCACAGCCGAUCAGGCCAAUAACAAUCCCCCGAGUCAGAUGGCUCUGAGCGUUAACAAUAAUGUGACGCCGGCAACGUCAGCAGCGGUCAGUUCGCCGCCGAUUACCAUCACCGAUUCAUACUAUACACCACCGGCCGGAACUCUGGCAUCGUCUGCCGCUAGCAAUGUUCCACCAUCUCCCGGAAUGGAUGUUGCUGCUACCAUGUCAUCCGCAUCGACCACUAUUCCGAUGUACUCGCCCCCUGCUCAGCAACACCAAGCUUUCUCGGUGCCCAGCAGCCAACAGCAGCAAACCAUGGUCAACCUUUCCUACGCUCAACCAACCAAUCAAACUAACGUCGUCUCGUCCACUAUGACCGUACCGACGGUCAAUCCCGGUGUCUUCGCCUCCAACGUACCACCACCGUCGACUCUGGCCAGCGAUUUCUACCAAACCUAUGGAAAUGCUCCGCCGGCAAUGUCCGCCGCUGCUACUUCCCUGGCCAGCGCUUUCCAACCGGCCAGCUUGUCGUACCCCUCGAUGCCAGCGACGGACUUCGGCGUCCAGUCGUCGCAGUAUCAACCGCAGACGUACGCCGCCGGCCAGGCACCGGCCCCGAUCCAAAUGUAUUCGACCUUCCCGCAGCAAGGCACCACCGCCAUCGAUAUGGCGCAAUCCGUGCCCCUGUUCCAGCCGAGCGCCGUCACGACGCCCAUCUCCCUACCGGGCAUGCCGCCCAUCACGGUGAACGCCACGAUUCCUCCGGAAGCCCUGCGGGGACUGCAGUUUGGCAACAGUCCGGCAGCACCGCCGCCCACCUCGACCCAGACUUCCCAAUAAACAUGGAUGGAAGAAGCAGACAAACGAGCUAAUCGAGAAGUAAUCCGUAAGAGUUUGUACAUAAUUUGCGAGGCCUCCGAGGUCUGUUCUGUGGAGUUUCGCCGCAAACCGUGAGUAACAUUCUAGGUUCUAUCGUGGUUUUAUAGCUGAUUCAAGAACAAAAAUUGUUCCACAGUAAUAAAGCCGUAAUAAAUGCUUAACUGUUACUACUGGAUGAUUUUAUCGUCUCAGAUUUUAUCAUCCAAUAGUGACAUUUCAGAUUUUAUAACGGUCGUUAUGAUCAGAAUUUACGUUGUUGAAGCCUAAAAAAUCUGGGAACGUUGUUUGGGAUGUCAACUUGCUAUAAAAUUGUUUUGCAGUAAAACAGUUAAGUAAUGCAUCAUUAUUGAGAGAGAAAGGGAUAACCAGGUUCACCUGGUUAACCACACAAUUUAACGUCACUAUUAUUUUCAAAGAAGCUUUUUAAUAUAAAAUUUUACUAUUUAGUGCAAUUAGUUGUAUGAGAAAGUAUCCCGGGGGAUUUUUUUUUCGAGAUGUCUAUGGACCGACUAUGACUUUGAUGAUACAAGUUGAUAAGCUAAAACUAAUGAUAACGUGCAUGCAAGGAGUGAUAAAUUAUUAACGAUAUGAAUAAGUUGUAGCAGGCAUUUUUUCUAUGUUAUCUAGUAUAAAUCAGUAUCGGAAUAAAGAAUCAAUCAAAAUGCAA